GGACGAAAAACUUUCCUAUCAGGGAUAAUCGCAAUAAUUUGAUAUCGCUGAUCCGAUUACUUUCAUAACCUCCUCGCCCGCGCGUUUGGAAGAGAAAGAGAGAGAGAGAGAGAGAGGUGGAGAGAAGUUAUAUUCUAUUGAGGAGCAACAAAUCUCGUGCCUUCUUCUUCUUCAGACGACCGGUGCACGAUUUUUCUAAAACAUUCAGAAUCGGCUCAGUUGAGGGCCACGCGCGCGCGCGUGCGCUCGGUAAUCACACACUGUUUUUGGGAGAAUUAUUUUUUUUUCGAAUUCUUUGAUGCAGUGGAAUCGGGAAUUUUAAGGAAAGUGAGCACCAGGUGGCGGGGGAGGUGCGUUUCUCCCGCAAGUGAGAAUGGACUACUCUUAUUUGAAUCAAGCGGCGGCUGCAGCAGCGGCCGGUUUUGAGGCAUCAAGUUGCGCCUUAGCGGCUAGUGAGAUGCAAUGUGGUUACGGGGACUUGAGUUCGUGUUCGCAAAUGAGCCAAGCGGCUUAUCGGUACACGGCCGCCAGGGCUGGGUAUCCUAGCAAUAGUGGUGGCGCUGGAGCUGGCGCCGGUAAUCCACUGGGUUCCCAUCAUGGGGCCCAUUCUCACGCUCAUGCGCAUCAUGGCUCCCAUGCCACCACCUGCUCCGUCAUGGCCGCACGGUCCCAGGAAGUUCAUCGUCACGCCGCUGCCAUCUUUCCGUCCACUAUCAAUCUUCAAGGUGGUUUAAGUUAUAAAGCAUAUUCCGGUCAUGAUGGUCUAGCGGAAAAAAGAAAACAACGUCGGAUACGAACGACGUUUUCUUCUGCGCAACUCAAAGAACUCGAGCGUGCCUUUCAGGAAACGCACUACCCUGACAUCUACACCAGAGAAGAGAUCGCAAUGAAAAUUGAUUUGACGGAGGCCAGAGUACAGGUGUGGUUUCAAAAUCGUCGAGCGAAAUUCAGGAAACAGGAGAGACUUGCCCAGCAGAAAUCGACGUCGCAUGGCGGAGUGGGAGUGGACAGUGGCGCUUCGAGUCCAGUUGCGGGUAAUGUGAAGACUGAGGGACGCUCACCGAGAAGUCCAGAGACGCCGCCAGGUGGCUCAAAUAGUGUUCUCUCCUCGACAGAGGUCAAACCAAUCACAAGUCAUAGUUUAGUUAAUAUAAAACAUUCAGAUGGACAUGGUGAGGGUAGUUCACCUAAUGGCAGGGGGAUCGUCAGCACUGGCGGCGGAGUUGCAUGGGGCUCAUGCAGUCCAAGACCAUUUUCCGCUGCCUUGCCGUCCUACUUACUCGAUCCCAUACCCCUAAAAACUGCGAAUUUAUAUUAAAAUAUCGACCCGACGAUUUUAAACCCAUUGUGUAAAUAGAAUACUGUGUAUGGUUGGUUGCUGUGAAUGGAAUUUAACUCGACGAAUUUUGUUACUUUAGAAACGGGUUUAAAGAUACAGGGGACACAGGUAACUGCUUCCUGUUGUCCUUCCUUGCAUACUUUUAUGAAAACUGUGGCAUUUCUAACAUUAUGUUAUUAGUUCAUGGCAGAAUUUAUAAUUUUAGUCACGAACUAAGAAGAUUCUGAUAGAAAUGACACGCGGUUUUCAGAAAGACGUACUAACCGAAAGGAUAGCAUUUAUACAGUUACCUGUAAUUACCAAGAAUUAAGGCCAAUGCACAAUGGUUCGCGCACGUGAGCAAUAAGUCAAACAAGGACAGACAUAUAUUUGUGUCCUUUUCUAUUUCAUGCAUCGUAUUCGCAAGUCUAUUGUGCGUUGGCCUUUAGACUUUUGCGAACUUAUUGUGUUCAGACCUUUAGAGAGUCCGCCAUUUUGAAAUCCUAAAGUCAAAUAUCAAAUUCGUGAAUAUCAGUGACUCCAAAGAAACUUCGACUAGUCAAAUGUUUUGUUACACUCCCAACUGAUUUUUUUAUCAUCGAAUACAAUAUUUUGAAAACCAGCAAGCAUCAGAAAAUUUUGUUUAGUUAAAUUUUAUCCAUUUUGUACCAUCAAAGGUGGAGUAUUCGGCGAAAUAAAAAUCACUAAAACAGGUAAUUGUAAGUCACUUUUUUCCGCAAGGCAAAAAGUAUCAUUAAUUAUUAUUAUUUAUUUAUAAUGUUCGGUUACUAUGCUAAAGGACGUAUAACCAAAGAAAAAUAAUUUUAUAAUCUAGAUAUAAUUUAUCACAAACAUUACUGCUUCAAUGGCGCGACAGUUGGAAAUUAAAAUCAUUAAGAUUGUUAAUUAAAAUCAGAAAAUUAACAAUUCGCUGAAUUACUCCCCCGUUGAUGAUAAACCGAAUAAGGUUACCUAUGAUUAAGUAUAUCAUUGUGUGUGACCGAAACUUGUACAGUUGUUGCUAUAAAUAUAUAAAAUUAGUGUUUUA